AGGUCUGUGAUGAGCCACAUCCAUUACUAGUGAAAGAGAUGAUCGGUCAUUGUACUCAAGGCAAGAUAGACGAUGCUUACAAAAUAAUGCAACAUCUCUGGCAAAUGGGUUACUCGCCGGAAGAUAUCAUCACCAGUGUAUUUCGAGUUUGCAAAGUUGAAACUAUGCCUGAAUUUCUAAAACUGGAAUUUAUCAAGGUAAAAUCCUAUUACUAUAACUUAAUAGUAUACAUACAAAUAUUCCUCGAUUGUGAUUGGUAGGUUUCAGUUGAUUUCAGAUUCCAGUUAAUCUCAAACAACAGUGCAAAAUUCUGUAAUAACCGUGCAAAAAUCCAUAAUGCUCCAUGUUUCAGGAAAUCGGUUUUACGCACAUGCGCAUUGUCGAAGGAGUGAACAGUUUAUUACAGAUGUCAGGCCUGUUGGCAAGAUUAUGUAUGAAGACCGCUGCAGAGGAGAACUGACGGGCUCAAAUAUGGCAUCCUUGGUUGAAGGUACUCUUACAAUUCGUAUAGCGGACUACUUUACUAUGUUAAACGAUGCAUACAUCGAACAUACGCUGUCUUGAUAGCCUGACGAACGGCAAUCGCUCUUUUCCAGGUAGUUUAGAUAAAAAUAAAGAAAGUUCGCAAACUUUGACGUAUUACAGGUAAACUACGUAAGGCGUUCUUCUUUUGAUUGAGCUCCUAACUUGUAUGCAAUUUUCCUCAUUACCUUUGCAAAUUUGAAAAAAAUCGCUUGUAAAUCUCUUGAGGCAAUUUGUAAUGUUCCUAUCGGCUGUUGCAAUAUUUCAGUACAGAGAAACUUCCUUUUAAAUUUUCCUAACUCCCUGUUUUAAUUUCCUGACUUCCUGUUUUGAGCGUUGUCAUUGGUGGAUUAUUUCUGUUAGCCAAUUACAACGCGUAUAACAGAACAGGAAGUUAGGAACUUGUAACAGGAAGUUAGGAAUUUGUAAAAGGAACUGGGGAAAAUUUUAUAGCUGAAUCCAGGUAUGGACUAAAUUUUGAUCCAGGCAAGAAGAACAGAAUCCAUUACCACGGUUAGAAAGAGCAUGUUAAAAUUAGUAAAAUUGCAAAAUUUAGUUGCGAAAUGUUGUAAAAUGCGGAAAAUAUAGCCCUGCGAAAUUUGCAAAUUUUGUAUUCAUUUGUAUUACGCACGGGAAAAUACACCACUUUCGGCCCAAAUGUGGUGCAUUUCCCUGUGCGUAAUACAAAUUAAUACAAAAUUUGCAAAUUUUAACUUGCUACGUACAGACGAUUUCAGACUUGUUGGAACAACUUGUUGCGAGUCUGUUGGCCUCAUUAACCUUGUUACAAGAUGAUAACAACUUGUUCCAGACUUGUCAACAACUGGGAAUAAGUAGUGCGAAAACAUCUUGUUGACAAGAUUAUUACGCAUGUACGAGACCCAUAUGACGUACAGACCACGUGUUCUUUUCAGUCGCUUCGUUGCUUGUGCAAUAAAAGUUUUUGACAUCGGCAUACCGACUCACAAACGUUGAUCAAAUUUUCCUUUCUUCAAAGAAGCUUGAAGUUCAAACCAAAAGCCAUGCAUGGCCUGCCGUCAGUUUAAAAACGUAUAAACAGUGACGUAACGGAGGGGGGGGGGGGCUGUUGACUGUUGACUGUUGUCAUUGUUUGACUGAGAUAUUAUAUUUAUAUUGAAUAUUUGUAGAAUGUUCUGAAAAAUUCCGUGC